GAGUAGCCGUAAAACCGCGUAAAACCCUACUUUGCUCCUCUGCGUUCUUCCUCACAACUCAUUCCGGCGAAGGGAGAAACAAUGAAGUUGAAUCUUGACGCCGAGAGCUCGCCGCAGGCAACUAGGCCAAAGAAAAAGCAUGGUAGAAAGAAUAGCCAACUCAAGCCAAGCAAAAGCAAAGUUGAAAAGCAGAACAGUGCCGAAUUACAUUUAGAACAAGAAGCUCCAACUGCAGAUGAGGCUCCAUUACAACAACAUUUGGAUUCUGCUUCACUCUCCGAUUCUAAAGAGGAUGUUUCGGAUGAUUUUAAAGACCUCAAAUUAUCAAAAGCUCGGGAAAGUGGAUCUGCAGAUGAGCAGGAUCAUGUCAAUACAGGAAGCCCUGAUAAUUUAGACCAAGAAAACGAGGAUGACAACCCCAUUCGUGAUCAAGUGGAUGAGGAAAGUGAUUCGUCUGAGGAUGAGGUAGCUCCUAGGAACACAAUUGGGGAUGUUCCCUUGGAAUGGUAUAGAGAUGAGAAGCAUAUUGGAUAUGACAUAUCUGGAAAGAAAAUUUUGAAGAAAGAAAGAGAAGACAAAUUACAAUCAUUUUUAGCAAGUGCUGAUGACUCAAAAAGUUGGCGCAAGUUAUAUGAUGAAUAUAAUGAUGAGGUAAUAGAGUUGUCAAAGGAAGAAGUCAAGCAACUACGGAGAUUGCUCAAAGGAAAGGCUCCACAUGCUGACUUUGAUCCAUAUGCGCCUUAUGUUGAUUGGUUUAAAUGGGACGAUGCCAAGCACCCACUGUCAAAUGCACCUGAACCAAAGAGGCGUUUUAUCCGUUCAAAAUGGGAAGCUAAAAAGGUUGUUCAAUUAGUUCGGGCAAUUAGAAAUGGACAUAUUAAGUUUGACAAGCCCAAAGAAGAGCAGCGUUUUUACCAUUUGUGGGGUGAUGAUUCUAGCUCCACCGAGAAGACCGCACAUUUGUCUUACAUUCCUGCACCAAAACCAAAGUUUCCAGGUCAUGAUGAGUCAUAUAAUCCUUCAUUGGAAUAUAUCCCCACUCAAGAAGAAAUAAACUCAUAUCAGUUAAUGUAUGAUGAAGAUCGACCGAAGUUUAUUCCUAGAAGGUUUACAUCCAUGAGAAGUGUACCUGCCUACGACAAUGCUCUGAAGGAUGCAUUUGAACGUUGUUUGGAUCUAUACUUGUGCCCUCGUGUUCGGAAGAAGCGUAUUAAUAUUGAUCCCGAGUCUUUGAAGCCUAAGCUGCCAAGCAGGAAAGAUCUUAGACCUUAUCCGACUACAUGCUAUCUUGAAUUUAGAGGUCAUAAGGAUGCUGUCAUGUCCAUUUCAACUGAAGCCAACGGCCAAUGGAUUGCUUCAGGUUCAUUGGAUGGAACUGUUCGGAUAUGGGAAGUUGAAACAGGCAGAUGUCUCAAAGUAUGGGAGCUUGAGGAGGCUGUGAAGUAUGUAGCCUGGAAUCCCUUGCCCGAGCUUCCAAUAUUAGCUGCUGCCGUGGGUGUAGAUGUACUGCUUUUAAACACUGGCUUUGGGGAUGGAGAGGUUCAAGCGAAAGUUAAGGAACUUCUCCACAUUGAUGCACUUCCUGCAACGGAUAAUUCUGAUAAGACGCCAAUUGCAACCUGGCUUCAAGAUGACAAGGUCGAGGGGAUUAGAUUGAGGCAUUUUAAGACUGUAUCUUCAGUUGAAUGGCAUCGCAAAGGAGAUUACCUUUCAACAGUUAUGCCAGCUGGUGAAUCAAGAGGAGUUGUUAUUCACCAGCUCUCUAGAAAGCUAACACAAAAAAUUCCAUUCAAGUUGCAUGGGCUUCCUGUUUCAUCCAUUUUUCAUCCCACUCGAUCCAUCUUCUUUGUAUCAACGAAGAAGAAUGUUCGUGUUUAUGAUCUAUUGAAGCAAAAGCUCGUGAAAAAGCUGGAAACUGGACUUCGUGAAGUUUCUUCUAUUGCUGUGCAUCCAGCUGGUGAUAAUGUUAUCGUGGGGAGCAGAGAAGGAAAAGUAUGUUGGUUUGAUAUGGACCUUUCAUCUCAGCCUUACAAAAUUCUCAGCUGCCAUCCAAAAGAUGUCACAAAUGUUGCCUUCCAUCGAUCAUAUCCGUUGUUUGCAUCGUGCUCCGAUGAUUGCACUGCAUAUGUUUUCCAUGGGAUGGUUUACUCGGAUCUUACACAGAAUCCCCUUAUUAGACCGUUGGAAAUACUAAGAGGACACAAAACCACCAAUGGAAGAGGAGUAAUGGACUGCAAAUUUCACCCAAGGCAGCCAUGGUUGUUUACUGCUGGUGCGGAUUCAGUGAUCAAACUGUACUGCCACUGAGAAGAUCAAAGGAAACUUGGUAUCUGGGAAUUGCUGUUUUGCUCGGAUCAUAUGAAGGUCAAAGAAUUCAAUUUUGUCUCUUUUUCAAUCUAAUCUUAAUCUUUUAUCAAUUCAGGGAUUGUUGUUAUACAUAAAUAGAAGCUAGUCCAGUCAUUGUAAUCCACAUUUAAAAGAAAUGAGAUUUUACUGUUUUUUUCUUCUUA